ACCAGCAAAAACCACCCAGAUUUUUCAGUGGUUGAUUUUAGGAAUUAGGGUUUUAGCAUCGGUGAUUCUGGCUCGAAUUUGACGAAUCUACGUCCCUGUACACCAUUGAAUUACUCGAGAUUUCCAGAGACAAAGAGUACUCUAAAACCAGGUAAAGAUGAUACAACACAGCACAUGUGAGAAACCCUUCAAACCACAUAUAAAUUUGAGUCAUUUUGACUAGUGUUAGAACUGUUAAUUCUUGAUGGCUAGCUUAGUUUCUUCAAGCAAUGAAAUCCAAUUUGUCAAAACUGUAUGUGCAAUUGUAGUGAAGGGACAUUGGGACAAUCUUUUGAAGCCCAAGAUUGAUUCUUGUCUCACCUCAACAACCAUCAACCAGGUACUUCCAUACCUCUCAGUACAUGGGUCUUGUCUUUCUUGGUAUUUUUUCAAAUGGGUUGAAUCAAUCCCCAAUUACAAGCAUUCUUUACAGUCUUCUUGGACUAUGAUUCACAUCCUCACUAAGCAAAAACAGUACAAAACUGCACAGAACAUGCUUGAAAAAAUUGCUUUAAAGGAUUUUCUGUCGUCUCCCACGGUUUUGAAUGCCGUCAUGAGAAACCACGAUGAUCCGGAUUCAAAUUCGCAGGUUUUGAGCUGGUUGGUGAUAUUUUAUGCUAAUUCGAAGAUGACCCAAGAUGCGAUUCAAGUAUUUGAGCACAUGAGAGUUAAUGGGUUCAAACCUCAUUUGCACGCUUGUACUGUGCUUUUGAAUUCGUUGGUGAAGGAUAGGUUGACCGAUAUGGUGUGGAAAAUUUAUAAGAAAAUGAUAAAAGUUGGGGUUGUUCCAAAUGUACACAUAUUCAAUGUGUUGAUGCAUGCUUGUUGCAAGUCUGGAGAUGCUGAAAAGGCUGAACAGUUGUUGAGUGAGAUGGAGCUUAAGUGUAUUUAUCCGGAUCUUUUCACUUAUAAUACAUUGAUGUCUUUGUAUUGCAAGAAGGGUAUGCACUAUCAAGCUUUGUCUAUUCAAGAUAGAAUGGAACAAGGGGGAGUGUGUCCUGAUAUUGUAACAUAUAAUUCACUUAUUUAUGGGCAUUGUCGAGAAGGUCGAAUGAGAGAGGCUUUAAGGCUUUUUAAGGAAGUUAAAGGUGCUGUUCCUAAUCAUGUGACAUACACUACUCUGAUUGAUGGGUAUUGCAGAGUGAAUGAUCUUGAUGAAGCUUUACAAUUGCGUAAGGAAAUGGAGGCUAAAGGGUUAUAUCCUAGUGUUGUCACCUAUAAUUCAAUUCUACGCAAAUUGUGUGAAGAAGGAAGGAUAAAGGAUGCAAAUAAACUCUUGAAUGAGAUGAAUGAGAAGAAGAUUGAACCCGACAAUAUAACGUGCAACACAUUAAUUAAUGCUUACUGCAAGAUAGGAGAUUUGAAGUCUGCCUUGAGAGUAAGAAAUAAGAUGUUGGAGGCAGGAUUGAAACCUGAUCCGUUUACUUACAAGGCAUUGAUUCAUGGGUUCUGCAAAGCACGGGAAAUGGACAGUGCUAAAGAGUUGUUAUUUGACAUGCUUGAUGCUGGAUUUUCUCCGAGUUAUUGCACAUAUUCGUGGCUUGUGGAUGGAUAUUGUGACCAAGACAACGAAGAGGCAAUCAUAAGACUGCUGGAUGAGUUUGUGAGAAAAGGUGUUUGCAUCGACAUCUCACUGUAUAGGGCACUAAUACGAAGGCUAUGCAAGAGAGAGAAGGUUGAUUGUGCUCAACGAAUAUUCACUCUUAUGCAAGGAAAUGGAAUAUUAGGAGAUAGUGUUGUAUUCACUAGUCUGGCAUAUGCUUACUUGAAAUUGGGGAAGCCAACUGUUGCUUCGGAUCUGUUAGAUGAAAUGUAUAGGAGGAGGUUGAUGAUAACUCUCAAGCUCUACCGAAGUUUCAGUGCUUCUUAUGCUGAUGACAAGAGCAUCUUAGAUGUCUUUUGGGAUCAUGUGGUUGAAAGAGGCCUUAUUUCGAAAAGUAUUUUAAUAUAUAUCCAGCAGUUGAAAUUACACUCUUAGAGGAAAUUCGGUGAAAUCACCAAAGCAAUGGGAUAAAGUUAAUCACACUUGAUGGGGGGUUGCCCUUCAGCCUUUUAUUCAGGUUGUUCUAUUGAAUGCAUGAAUAUUUCCAGCCAUGCGAUGAUGAAACACUUGUCACGAGAGCAUGAUUUUUUUUUUUCUUUUGAAAGGGGGUGAGGCGUUCAAUCAAAACACUCUGACUGUAUAAUAUUUUAGGCUAGUGUGGGUGAUAAUGAAGAAUUUGCUCCCAGUGUAACACCUUGAUUGAUCUCUUUCUCCUCUGUAUUCAAUGUUUUGGAGUUGAAUUGUGGCAGUUGGUGCCCAAAAUUGCUCUGGAUAUAAAAUUUUCUCUCAAAGAUUUGAUGAAGAAAAGGGCAAUUGAGUUCUUAAAUUAUUCAUUGCAUUGCAUUUUAAUGGUGAUAGUUUUUUUUCCUCUCGAUAUGCUUGGGCCUGUGAUCUGUAAUUUGCAAAGAAGGGAAUAGAAGCUUUGAGCUGAGCUGCCACAGAGGAAAAAAAGUAAUGGCAAAGACUAUGAAAAGCAAAAGCGGAAGCAUUUUAGUUACAUAUGUUCAUUGCAAAACUUAGGUUUUUGAUGCAGGAAUUUAAUACAUAUGAUGGAAAAUUGUACAAUAAAAGUAGCUGCUGGCUGUUGGAUUUCUUUCAAUGCAAUUUAACAAGUGUCUGUUUCCUUUA